AUGGCGAGUUCGGGAGGAGCUUCGGGUUCCGGUGUUGACAAGCUUUUCGGUUUGGAACUGCUCUUCAAAUCCUGCAAAGAAGCCCUGCGCUCAAAGGACGACGCCUUAGUGCUGUUGGUGCACUAUCUUCUUGUCAGGAGCGGCAAACGAUGCGUAGGCACCGGCGAAGAGUGGACGAAGCCUCUCCAGAGCACAGAACUGCUCCCACCAGAGUGGAAUGCCAACCAGGCCGUGUACACGCUGCGAUACACCCAAGGGACUGAGCGAUACCUCCUCAAAGUUUUGCGAGCAGACGGAUUCUUGCUGGUCAAUGUUCUGAACAUCCGCAAAGAGAAGACAGCCUCAACAAACUUCAGCGUUGACAAGCAUGUUUCGGACGACUUCAGUGACUGUUCCAGGGCGUUCAAGGACCUGGACGUGGUGGUGGGCAAGGUGACUCAGGACGUGGUGUCGACCCUGGAGUCGAUCGACACCGCCCACGAGGCGUCCACCUCGAGCUGUCCCUCGCGCAACGUGUCCCAGGAGUACAACCCGCUCCACAUCCCCAGCAGGCAGCCAGGCAUCGAAUGGAACCCGCUGCAGGAGCCGGGGAGACUGGGCCAGCGGGACCUGAACCCCUUCUACACGGGACCCGGGGGCGGCAUGAUCAUGGACCCCAGGCAGAUACCGAGACCCCACCACUCGGACCCUGGGGUGGGGAUACCCGGACUGCCCAGGGGAGCGGUGCCCCCUGGAGCCAGGUUCGACCCUUUUGGGCCCCCUCACCCGAACAACCCGGGGAACCGCCACACAUUUGCCGGGCCAUCGCCGGACCACCUUCCCCCGCCACCGGAUUACGACGACAUGUUCAGCUGAGCCGACUCGGUCGGCAGUCUGGCAUCCAACUGUAAUAUAUGAAUGUGCCCUUCAUUUGCUAUUAAAACGAUGAAGUUCGAUAUAAUGCUUA